AUGCAAGGGCUUCAUAAACCGUGGUUGGUUGUUAUCUAUCUAGUGACAGCUAAUCAUCUUCGCGUGGCUUGGUAUGGUGGCAUGAUGGUGCACUUUCAGAUUCGAGUGGAGACUGUGCCAGCUGUUAGAGUGUUGGGGUUGUUGAAUCUCGUUCAAGGGAUGUUUUACUCUCACCUGUCACCAAAUGUGGAAUUCGAGGUGGAAAUGCUAAGUGAGCCAUCCAGGGGACCGUACUUCAAUCGACGACAGCUUUCUAGAAAUAUCUGCAUUAUUGGGCUGUACCUGGGCCUAGUUCUGGGGGUUGCUUGUCUAGCAGCUGGUAUCUACACCUCUAUUCUUCCAAUCUCUAUCGGACAGCAAGGAGCCCGCGGAGAGGUCAUCUCGCUCGGCUUGAACCUUCUCAUCACACUCGUGAACGAAAUAUAUGGUGACAUGAAUCUGUGGCGCCGCUAUCAUCUCUCUCGCUAUAUGCCUUCUGGGUCAAUGGGCCGUUGCCUGGUGGUCUCUGCCAAAUACACACCAUGCGCCAACUUGGAGCGUCGACCCUCUGGACACAGUUGCAGCUUGCAUUUUGGAAGGCUCUCUUCACAGGAUUCCUGGCCGAUGACGGGGUUCAUGAAUGGGAUUAGCGACAAAAGUGGCUGGUCGCUUCUUCCGAACAGUCAAAUCCCUUCCCUUAACAUGGGCUGGUUCGUCAAUGGUGAGACACUUCCAGCAAGUAUAUUUGUUUGGACAUUCUUCUUCGUAUCGGGGCUUCAGACGGUUAUCACACUUGCACUUCAUUGUGCUGAGCUUCAUGUUAAAUGCUCCAAUGAUGAAACAGCUUGGCGGCUCGCAUCGUCUGAGGGCGGCUUGAAGCGAGAUCGUAAUAUCCUCAAGAAGAUGGGAACCUCGUGGCAGUCAAUCACACUGUUCUGCUUCAAGCCGUUGAUACACCGGCUUUAUGGACUUUCGAUGACUGUUUAUUUCGAUUCUGGCUUUAACAUGAUGCCGGUCCAGAUCUCGUACUUGACUGUUGGCGCUUUAUGCCUGGCCCUGUUCGCGACCGCAAUCAUUUUUAAGCCUCCAAAGGGGCCUCAGCCUGCGGCGUUUGGCCACCUACAGACGCUAGCCAACUUGAUCGAUGAAUGGCCGACAAAAGGUGGGCGGUUAUAUUGGGGUCACAAGAGCGAGGAAGGUAGUGUUGCGCAUGCUGGCACGUCUAGUGAGAAGCUUGGUAAAAUUAACUUUGGCAUGCUAUAUGCUGGCGUUAAAUCAUCUUGA